GGGGAUUCGGUGGGUGGAUUGAGAAAGGGGGUCGUGAGAGAUGGGAGGGGGGUUUCGACGUCGUCGUCGUUGUUGCUGGGUUUUUCGCUAAAACUGCGCAGUUGGGCAACCAACUCGAACGUUCCUGGCCCCGACGUCGACGACGCCGCAUCGCUUUGAUAUCCACUGUGCCUCUUUUUUGUUUUCGUUGUUCAAUUUUUCUUUUCGUUCAGCUACGCACGCACACACAAAAACGGCUUUAUUGCAUAACGAAAGAACCGAAACGAUGGCCAAAGCAAAAUCAACAAGAAUUUGUGAAAAAGGACAGGAUGACUUUCGCCUGCGGAACAUGUUGGAAAUUCCCAAAUAAUGGUGAGUCGGCUCCAUUGCGAAAGUGAAUCGUUUAAAAUGGAUUUGAUUCUCGACAUCAAUUCGUGGCUGUUUCCAAUGGAUUUAGGGGAUAAAUUCCGUUUGGUUUUGGCAACAACUUUACGCGAAGACGGAUGUUCAGAUGCGGGCGAAUGGGCCCCGCAGGAUCUCGGCAUUCCAUCCCGUGCCGACGCUUUCGAGUACGUCAUGUUUGGCAAGGUGUAUCGUAUUGAAGGCGACGAAGGAUCGACAGAACCGUCUUCACGAUUAUCGGCCUACGCAUCCUACGGAGGUCUGCUAAUGCGGCUGCAAGGGGAUGCCAACAAUCUCCACGGUUUCGAAGUGGAUCAGCAAAUUUACCUGUUGAUUAAGAAACUCGCAUUUUGAAAACGUUUAUAAUUGAAUGCAGUUACACUGCUGUGUAUGCUGAUGGUUGUAAUACACGUGAAUUUUGUAACAA